CGUUGCCAUAUUAACGAAUAUUUUCUUCUCACACGCGCGCAGCCACACACACCGAUGCACUGGUCUAUUACCUUUUCAAUCGCAAUCGUCUUCCCGCAAAGGAAAAUAGAACCGGAGAAAACAGAAUAACAGCGAAGAUAUGUUGUGGAAUCAGGAAAUCUCUUCUUUCUCCCAGUUAUCUCUGCCAUGGAUUUAAAGUAUGGACUGUUUUGAUGAGCCGGAAAUAUCAUGUUGCAGUGCCUAGAGGGAUUUAAGCAUCUAUUGGCUUUCUUGCUGAGGUGUUGUGAUCUAGAUUUGUAUAAGCAGCCAAAGGGCCUUGAAGAUCCAGAAGUUCUUGCAAGGGAAACUGUGUUUAGUGUAAGUGAAAUUGAAGCAUUAUAUGAACUGUUUAAGAAGAUCAGCAGUGCUGUAAUUGAUGACGGAUUGAUCAACAAGGAAGAAUUUCAGUUGGCAUUGUUCAAGACAAACAAAAAAGAAAGCUUAUUUGCGGAUCGGGUAUUUGACUUGUUUGACACAAAGCACAAUGGAAUAUUAGGUUUUGAGGAGUUUGCACGUGCUCUCUCAGUCUUUCAUCCUAAUGCACCAACUGAUGAUAAGAUUGAUUUUUCUUUUCAACUAUAUGAUCUCAAGCAGCAAGGCUUCAUUGAGAGACAGGAGGUGAAGCAAAUGGUAGUAGCUACGCUUGCUGAGUCUGGAAUGAAUCUUUCAGAUGAUGUUAUAGAAAGUAUUAUUGACAAGACAUUUGAGGAGGCUGAUACAAAACAUGAUGGGAAGAUAGACAAGGAAGAGUGGCGGAAUCUUGUUUUGCGGCACCCAUCUCUGUUGAAGAAUAUGACUCUUCAAUACCUUAAGGACAUCACCACUACAUUCCCAAGCUUUGUGUUUCACUCGCAAGUUGAUGAUACCUGAGGUUUUCAUCUAUAAAGAGCUCGAGUCUCUUUGUCAAUGAAGGUUUGCCCAUUUCUAGACAAUGAUGUUUCUUUGGAGUUUAAGAGGUGCAGAGAAAAGCUUUUGGAGCUAAUUGAUGAAUGUUAUGAAGAGUUUGACGUUUUAUAUUCUCUACUGCUACAUAUCGUCUUUUCCCCCCAAUUUCUUAUUUCAAUUGAUGAGAUCUUCAGCCUGAGUUACAACAUAGUGCAUUAGUUUUCUUAUAGGGCAUUAUCCCCGAGGUAGAAGUAAAGCUACCUUUGUGUUCCUUUCUUGUCCAGUGAAUGCUAAGAAUCAAGCGAUAUGGGUUGGAUGGUUGA